AUGGGCAACUUAUACUCGAGUUUAUUUUCUGGUUGGUGUUUCACUACUAAUAAUCCUUGGAUAGACAAAGGAAGAAUAAUAGUAGCUUGGAAUCCGAAUAUGUAUACUGUUGAUAGUAGAAGCUGCUCUAGUCAAUUCAUUCAUUGUUUUGCUCGAGCCACUCACAUGACAGGAAGUUUUUUCAUUACCUUUGUAUAUGGAUUUAAUGAUGGAAAAUUGAGGGAGCAAUUGUGGUUGGAUAUUCAGGCAUUAGCUAUGAAGAUUAAUGAGGCUUGGAUUAUCUUGGGGGACUAUAAUGAGAUCUUGCAUCAGAAUGAGAGAGCUGGAAAGAAGACUGUUAUAAAGCCUUCCUUGAGCCUCAGAGAUUGCAUGAACCACUGUCAAAUGGAAGAUUUGAAGUUUUCUGGGUGUUUUUAUACAUGGGCAAACAAACAAAGGCCUGAGGAUCGUGUAUACUCCAAAAUUGAUAGAUCUAUGGUUAACAUCAAAUGGACUGAACAAUACACAAAUUCUGAAGCUGUUUUUCUCCCUGAAGGUAUUUUUGAUCAUAGUCCCAUUCUUAUUUCUUUCUAUUUGGAUGUGGAAAUUGGGAAACAACCAUUUAGGUAUUUUAGAAUGUGGAAGGAGGCUCCUUCAUAUGCAACUAAGCUGUGCAAUCUCUGGAAACAACCAGUUUCGGGUACUGAAAUGUAUAAAAUUUUCCUGAAGUUAAAAAGGCUUAAACAGGUAUUCAGAGAUAUCAAUAGAGAAGGAUACCAUGAUAUUCACAAGGCUGAAGUACAUGCUAAGCUCCACAUGCUAGAAAUACAACAAAGUUUGCAUCAAGAUCCUCUCAAUGAAUCUUUAAUUCAACAGGAGACCUUGGCUAGGGAAGAGUAUACCCGGUUUAACAGAGCAUAUCUGUUAUUCUUAGCACAGAAAGCAAAAGCACCUUGGGUGAUGAAUGGGGAUGAAAACACUUCUAUUUUCCAUGCUUCGUUGAAAAUUAGAAGGAUUCAAAAUCGCAUAUACUCUAUACAAUCUGAGCAAGGUAACUGGGUGGAUACAGCAGAUGGGGUACAGAGAGCUUUUCUAGAUUAUUAUCAGAACUUAUUGGGAACUCAAAUGCUGAGUAGAAGGAAGGUUUCACAGACCAUUGUUGAUUUAGGUCCUGGAAUUUCUGAGGAACACUCUAGGUUGCUGUCUAUUCCGUUUACUGCACAGGAAGUUAAAGAGGCAUUAUUCUCCAUUUCAGGUCUAAAGGCUCCUGGUCCUGAUGGAUAUUGUAGUUUUUUUUUAUCAAGAUAA